AUGAGAUGCAAGAUCAAAUUAAAUCAUAGGUACUUUUGGACCCUGAAAAUGAUGUUGCUCCUCCUCUUCUUCUUGCUUUUGGCAGCACCGGCUUCACCGGAAUACACCCGUCCGCACCCCCGGCCGCUCAUUUCCCGGCCACACAAAGGCUCCGAAUCUGCCCCCCAACAGGUACACAUUUCAUUGGCAGGGAAAGAUUACAUGAGGGUUUCGUGGAUAACGGAAGAAAAAUCUCGAUCCGUGGUAGAGUACGGGAAAGUGCCCGGAAAAUACAGCGCGGCCGCCUCGGGGGAGGAAAGUACGUCGUAUCACUACUUCUUUUACACCUCCGGAGAAAUUCACCACGUCAAGAUUGGUCCCUUGGAGCCCAGCACCACCUAUUACUACAGAUGCGGCGGCGGGGGGACGGAGUUCAGCUUCCGAACGCCGCCGUCGGCGUUCCCCGUCGAAUUUGCUGUUGCCGGAGAUCUUGGGCAAACAGAAUGGACGGAAUCAACCUUAGCCCAUGUGGGUGGAUCGGACUAUGACAUGUUUCUCCUUCCGGGAGAUCUAUCCUACGCCGAUAUGCAGCAGCCGCUAUGGGACUCGUUCGGGCGGCUGGUCGAGCCCUUAGCGAGCGCGAGGCCAUGGAUGGUCACCCAAGGAAACCACGAGAUCGAAAUGUUCCCCAUCAUUUACCCUCAGGGAUUCAAAGCCUACAACGCUAGAUGGCUCAUGCCCUAUCAAGAAAGCAAUUCCCAAUCCAACUUAUACUACUCGUUCGACAUCGCAGGGGCCCACAUCCUCAUGCUUGGCUCUUACACCGACUUUGAUGCUGACUCAGAUCAAUACGCGUGGCUUCUUGCUGACCUGGCUGCCGUCAAUAGGUCCAAAACCCCUUGGGUUUUUGCGUUGAUCCACGCGCCGUGGUACAAUACUAAUGCUGCCCAUAAAGGUGAGGGUGAAAGUAUGAGAAUAGCUAUGGAAAAUAUUUUGUACAAGGCACGGGUCGAUGUCAUAUUCGCUGGUCAUGUUCACGCAUACGAAAGAUUUACUAGGGUUUAUGACAACAAGGCAGAUCAAUGUGGUCCGGUUCAUAUCACUAUUGGCGAUGGAGGAAACAGAGAAGGACUCGCGAUGACGUUUGAGAGCCCUAGUCGUUCAAUCUCAAUGUAUCGGGAGCCAAGCUUCGGGCAUGGGCGGUUGAGGGUGUUGAACGACACCCACGCCCACUGGUCGUGGCACCGCAACAACGAGACCAACUCCGUCACCGCAGAUGAGAUAUGGUUGGAGAGCUUGAGCUCGUACACUCACUGCAACCACGAUGUUACUUCUCCAAAUGAUGAAUUGUGAUCAUGCCCAUGCCAAUUACUACUAUAGUAGUAUGUUUUUCAUUUUUGAUUAGCCUCGUCCAAAAAUUAAUUAUCAAAUUUAGAGGAUGUCUGUUUCUUUUGAUCAGUUAUGUGUAUAAGUAAGUGUAUAACUGUAUAUCAUGUUACAUUAGUGAAUUUUUUUGAUAUCCA